ACACUUAAAUUUGAUGGUACAAAAAUUAAACAAUCUCUAUUCAAUAUUCAAACAUGUAUAAAGUGCUUCUCAAUUUUUUUUAAUCAAUUUUAUGUCGGUAACCCAACUGAAUGGGUUACAUCCCCAUAGUCUAAGGCGUGUUUGGUUCACGGCAUCCACAAUUGUAGUACUUCUAAUGUUUGUUCGCGAGAAAUGCAAACUUUGUUUUGAAAGCAGCUGAAAUUUUCGAUAUUAUUUUGUGGAAGGUACCAAGAAGACUCCUACUUUUCAUGUUUGUUCGCGAGAAAUGCAAACUUUGUUUUGAAAGCAGCUGAAAAUUUUGAUAUUAUUUUGUGGAAGCUACCAAGGCCUAGAGGACUCGUCGGUUGGGAGUGAAAUGCUCUCUCUGCAAAUCAUUGUUUAUAAAUUGUUUGGUGUUAUUAGGUUUGGGCUUAUGAGCAUGUGGAUGCGAGGGGUGGAGAACGUGGGAAUAAUUGAAGAGAAUCUCUCUCAAACCACCUCAGCUCUCUCCCCAAUGUUACCAGAUAUCAGCAUCACCGCCCACCCCAUUAAACAUCUCUUUUAACUCCCUGAUUUCGUGCACCCUUCACAUGCCUUCCUCUCUAUUUAAGUUGCCCUGUAUUCCAUGCUCAAGAACUCCUCUCUCUCUCUCUUUCUCUCUCUCAUAUGACACUAAUGACCAUAACCAUGAUAAUGGCUUCUCCCAUGGUUGGUCUGUUGAUCUUCCUUGCUGCUUCGGGUUUGUACACAGAGGCCAUGAGUGUGGGCCCAUGGACAUCAGCCCACGCCACAUUCUACGGUGGGAGUGACGCGUCGGGAACUAUGGGCGGUGCGUGCGGCUAUGGGAACCUCUACUCGACCGGCUAUGGCACCAGAACUGCUGCUCUUAGCACUGCUCUUUUCAACGACGGGGCGUCCUGCGGUCAGUGUUACCAGAUUGUCUGUGAUACCAAGACCGACCCCAGAUGGUGCCUGCCCGGGAAGUCCGUGACCAUCACUGCCACCAAUUUCUGCCCUCCGAACUUUGCUCUCCCCAACGACGACGGUGGGUGGUGCAACCCCCCUCUCCAGCACUUUGACAUGGCGCAGCCUGCAUGGGAGAAGAUUGGUAUCUACCGAGGAGGCAUCAUUCCUAUUCUCUACAGAAGAUCCAAUUUCGUCUGGUGCAGUGUCCCUUGUAGGAAGCACGGGGGCAUCCGGUUCACGAUAAAUGGGAGGUCCUACUUUGAACUGGUUCUGAUCAGCAAUGUGGGUGGCGGUGGAUCCAUUUCUGCGGUGUGGAUCAAGGGAAGCGAGGGCGACUGGCAGAGGAUGUCGAGGAACUGGGGAGCGAACUGGCAGAGCAAUUCAUAUCUCAACAGCCAGGGCCUCUCAUUCCGCAUAGCCAACACCGACGGAACCACCGUCGAAUUCCCCGAUGUUGCACCACCUGACUGGCAGUUUGGCCAAACCUUCUCAACUUCACUCCAAUUUUCGUAGAACCAGCGUGUGCAGUGAGCUUCACCGCAUAGCAAGCAGAGGCGUGCUUGUAGAAAAUGGAACAAAGCAAGCCCGCUACGCAUGCAUUGUUUACUGCCACCCACCAUGUGUGUAUGUAUUUGUGUGGUGAGAGGACUCAUUGGGAUUGUUUGGUGUAAGGCUCCUUCUUCUUCUUAUUUUAUUGGCAAGAAGGGGAGUCUCCCUUCCCUCAACUAGUGUAUUAAACAAACUUGGGUUGUAGAAAUUAAUGAGAGAAGAUGCAGCAGUAAAUGAAUAGCCAAUUC